AUGGACGAUAGCUGUGCGGUGUGUGCGGAGGUGUUUGAUUGGGUGGCGUACGGGGAGUGCGGCCACAAAGAUGUCUGCUCAACUUGUGUCGCUCGCCUCCGAUUCAUCUGCGACGAUCGCCGCUGCUGUAUUUGCAAGACCGAGUCAAACGUCGUCUUUGUUACUAAGGCCCUAGGAGAUUACACAAAUGCGAUAAGCGAUUUUUCAGUAUUUUCAUUGGAAGUUAAAGAAGGUCGAGUGGGGAAAUACUGGUACCAUGAGGACACACAGGCAUUUUUUGACGAUUCCGAUCACUACAAUAUGAUCAAGGCCAUGUGCAGGCUUUCUUGCAGUGUAUGUGAUAAUAUGGAGGGACAGACCGAGGAUGGAUCCAGGAGAAAGCCAAAGUUUAGGAACAUUGAACAGCUCAAAGGUCAUUUGUUUCACAAGCAUAAGCUCAUCAUGUGCAGCUUGUGCUUGGAAGGAAGGAAGGUUUUUAUAUGUGAGCAAAAGUUAUACACUAGAGCACAACUUAGUCAGCAUAUAAAGACUGGCGAUUCUGAGGUGGAUGGAACUGAAAGUGAAAGAGGUGGUUUCAUGGGGCAUCCUAUGUGUGAAUUCUGCAAGACCCCUUUUUAUGGGGAUAAUGAGCUGUACACACACAUGUCCACUGAACAUUACACUUGUCAUAUCUGCCAAAGGCAGAAUCCAGGACAAUUUGAGUAUUACAAGAAUUAUGAUGACUUGGAGGUGCACUUCCGCCGAGAUCAUUUCUUGUGUGAGGAUGAGGCAUGCCUCACUAAAAAGUUCGUUGUCUUCCAGUUUGAACCUGAAUUGAAGAAGCACAAUGCUUUAGAGCACGGAGGCCGUAUGUCUCGUUCACAGCGCAGUGCUGCUCUUCAGAUACCUAUCAGUUUUCGAUAUCGGCGAAGUAAUGAACAAGAUAAUCGUCGUGGAAGGGGACGGAUCUUCCAUCGUGAUACUUCUGAUAAUGAACUCUCUAUGGCAAUCCAAUCAAGUCUACAGACAGCCAGUUCCGAUGGUAGUAGAUUUCAUCUCGCAUUGUCUAGUUCCAAUACAGUUGCUGAUCAUGGAGACAUUAGUGAUGUUGAGUCUCUCAUUGAAUCUUUAGCUACCACUGACGCUGAGCCAACUUCAAGAUACCUUCAAGCCGUGUCACAGAGAGCAAGAAAUUCUACACUCAAAGAGUCUUUGUUUCCUCCUCUCUCUAUGGCUCCAGGAGGUGGUCAACAAGAUUCUCAACCUGAUAUUUUACACAAGAACACUAUGGCUGCACAACUCCGACGCCAGAGCAAUAAAAAAACCAAUGCCUCUAGUUCUGUGUCUUGGUCAGCUGCGAGCCGUACCCCUACCCGAGCAGCUAUUACUUCAAAUGCAUGGCCUGCGAUAAAUACUAGUUCUGGGUCAGCAUCUAGCUCUGGCCAGUCUAAACAAGCACCAGCGCUUGCAAAACCAACAGUCAAUCCUCAUGCAUGGCCUGCAAUAAAUUCUGCUUCUGGUUCAGCAUCUAGCUCUGGCCAUGCAAUGGAAAAUGGAGCGGUUCUAUCUAGUUAUUCAAGUUCUGCUCAAGCUCGACCCUUGUCAAUUCACGAUUCAUCAUUUGCAGGUUCUUUAAGUUCAUCCAGGAAUAGUGGGAACACGGGUCGGAUCAGUCAUUCCACAUCAGCCCCUAAUCUUUCUCUGAGGGGACCUUUUGACUCUUCAUAUUCUGAUUUCCCUCCAGUUUCUGUAGCUCACCCUAGCAAGAAACCUGCGAGUGACCAAGCUGUUUUGAAAGUGGAAGACGUUCACAGUGCAAACAAAUCUUUGGUUGAGAAAAUGCGUGCUGCACUAGGCUCUGGCCAUGCAAUGGAAAAGGGAGCGGUUCUAUCUAGUUAUUCUAGUUCUGCUCAAGCUCGACCCUUGUCAAUUCACGAUUCAUCAUUUGCAGGUUCUUUAAGUUCAUCCAGGAAUAGUGGGAACACGGGUCGGAUCAGUCAUUCCACAUCAGCCCCUAAUCUUUCUCAGAGGGGACCUUUUGACUCUUCAUAUUCUGAUUUCCCUCCAGUUUCUGUAGCUCACCCUAGCAAGAAACCUGCGAGUGACCAAGCUGUUUUGAAGGUGGAAGACGUUCACAGUGCAAACAAAUCUUUGGUCGAGAAAAUGCGUGCUGCACUAGGGUUUGACGAAGAGAAAUACACUGCUUUUAAAAUGAUGUCUAGUGAAUUUCGUCAAGAUUUAAUGGACACCGAAACAUAUCUAGCAUGUGUGGAGCAGUUUGGUUUGUCGCAUCUUGUUCUAGACUUGACUAGACUCCUUCCUGAUUCUCGGAAGCAGAGAGAGUUGAUUGACACGUACAAUGCUAAUAUGAAAUACAAUGCUUCGAGAGAGAAUGGUUAUAGUAGUGGUAUUAGCUUGAAAGAUGGUAAUAGUUUUAAGAAAGGUAAAGGUAAAGGUAAAGGCAAAGUUUUAGAUUCUGUAAACAGCAUUUCAAAAAAUAACUUAGCAGAUAACUUUGUUAGCACUGUAAAAGAACUGCAGUCGAGCUACAAGCCUUCAGAAGAUGUAGAAGUGUUGUCUAAGGAUGAGUAUCGAGCUCCGAAAGGCAAAUCAAACAUGUUGGUUGACAACUCACUGGCCGAAUUGAGUGGAUCGAGCGAAUCUACAAAGCUGAAAAGCCAGAAUGACUCUACGAAAGGUAAACAAAAUUCAGGAAAUGGUAAUGGAAAAGGUAAACAACGGAAAAAAAUCUCAAAGUUCCACAGAAUCCGCCUAGGUGAUGGCUCAGCGGAAGCAUUCUUGGAUCAUAAAAAUUCGGAUCCAGAUUCAGAUUCUGACCCAAAUCAGAGGAAUGCAGCCUCAGACAAGCAGGAUAAUGCUUUGGAAGGUAUGCCUGUUCGUGGUGUUUGGCGAAAUGGUGGAGGUCAAAGGCUUUUGGCAGUUACUUCAAAAGGGACGAAAAAUUGA